GGUCCAUUCUCCUCAAAUUUUUGGAGAACAUACAACACAACAACACUCUUAGCAGCCAAUGGCGACCACCACCAUGUCUCUCUCUUCCUCGACCUUCGCCGGCAAGGCAGUGAAGAAUGUAGCAUCAUCCGCUCUCUUCGGUGAGGCCCGUGUCACAAUGCGCAAGACAGCCGCGAAAGCCAAGCAGGUUGCCUCGGGAAGCCCGUGGUAUGGUGCCGACCGUGUGCUUUACCUCGGCCCGCUUUCCGGCGAGCCCCCAAGUUACUUGACCGGCGAGUUCCCCGGUGACUACGGGUGGGACACUGCUGGGCUCUCGGCUGACCCUGAGACGUUCGCCAAGAACCGUGAGCUGGAGGUGAUCCACUCCAGGUGGGCUAUGCUCGGUGCGCUCGGCUGCGUCUUUCCCGAGCUACUUGCCCGCAACGGUGUCAACUUUGGAGAGGCUGUGUGGUUUAAGGCUGGCUCCCAAAUCUUCAGUGAGGGCGGACUCGACUACCUUGGCAACCCCAGCCUCGUCCAUGCCCAAAGCAUCCUCGCUAUUUGGGCUUGUCAGGUUGUGCUCAUGGGUGCCGUCGAGGGGUAUCGUGUUGCUGGUGGCCCGCUCGGUGAGAUCGUCGACCCACUCUACCCUGGCGGCAGCUUCGACCCCCUUGGUCUUGCCGAUGACCCCGAGGCUUUCGCGGAGCUCAAGGUGAAGGAACUAAAAAAUGGCCGUCUCGCCAUGUUCUCCAUGUUCGGCUUCUUUGUGCAGGCCAUCGUCACCGGUAAGGGCCCUCUAGAGAACCUGGCCGACCAUCUUGCCGACCCUGUCAACAAUAACGCAUGGGCUUUCGCCACCAACUUUGUUCCCGGCAAGUAAUUAGUUGUUGACGGCUGCGAGUUGUAGUUGUGUCAGGACACACGGUGUAUUUCACGGAACACACCGUUUGGUUUGAUCUGUACUACCAUGAUGAUGUAAAUUACCAGGAUUUUCAUGUAAAAUAUGCCUCUUUCUGAA